UUGAUGGCGGCUGCCGGUACUUGUCUAUUGGCUGCAUUUCGAGGUCAUCUCUGCUGACAAAGUGCUGACGGUACUUUACAAUGAAAAUAUUGCGAGUACCACGCACUGUCUGCUCUAUAAACUGUGAGCAAAUGCAACAACUUGUUGCAACAAUAUGCAUGACAAGUGGUCGGAUAGAUAGAGUGCGUUAGGCACACUUCGAAAGGGUGUUAUGCGGUAUAAAUAAAACGACUCACCACUGUUUCAAUUUAGUAAUUUUACAGCUUUGAAGCGUGGUCAUAACGCAUACGCAGAGUAGUGAGAAUAGCAAGGACAUUUCGAAAAACUGAGCAUCCUUCGAAGCACCAACACAAUGCGGUUGAUGCUCGCAUUGGUUUGGGUGACCCUAACCACAGCGUCGACAUUUCGUUAUACGCCCACCAAGGUACUACUGGCUAAAUUGCAAAGUGCGACGUUUGAAAAAAAGGACACAGCGCCAGCCAAUACACAGUAUCACGAACAGGAUUCGGACGGUUUCUAUUCGUAUGGCUAUAGUGCUGGUCGAUCCGCCAAAGCCGAAUAUCUCACACUGGACGGCUCGUCGCGUGGUUUUUAUUCCUAUGUUGAUGCAGAUGGAAAACUGCAAACUGUAAAGUAUGAAGCAGGACGAAAUCAGGGCUUUAAGGCGGCAGCGACGAACUUACCCAAAGCGCCAAAGAAUCCGAAUAGGUUGGCGCCGCUACCCGUGAGAGAUACAGCUGAAGUGCAGGAAGCAAAGAAGGCGCACUUUGAGGCAUAUCGAGAGGCGGAGCUGAGAGCAGCGCUGGCGUCACAAAAUGAAGCUUCACGCCUGGACGAGCUCAGUUUGGAGGAGACACAAAAGCCAGAGCGUUCACAACAGGAGGUGGCGGAUAUUUUGGAGAGUACAAGGAGUAAAAUAUUAGCUAUAUUGUCAGAGAGUGCUAGUGCAGAAAAUACACCCAGUAACAACAAUUUGAAUGGUGGUGCAGAGGAGGAGCUUAAUGUCGAGACUACCCAAGAUCAAGAAGAGGAGGUGGCCAAUACGGACGACGAAGAUAAUAGUGGUUUAUUAUCCAUUGAUAGCUUGCAAAUCUCACAAGAUGACAGCGAGGGUAACGAAGAGGAGGGAAAUACUAGUGAUGGCGAUAAUGUGACGAUAGAAAAUGGAGAGGAAGAGAAUGAAGCAUCGGCGGCAUCGAGAGAAUUGUCCAGCGCAGAAAGGCAAAUGACAACAUACAAACUAUCCGAUUUAGUAGGCACAGAUGACCAGCUCAGCUCAAGAGCUCUGUAUACAUACGAAGGUGAUGGCGAGAGCUCCAAAGAUUUGCUACGUCUUACGGACUUGCAAGAUAAAUCCGAUUUGACUUUGGUGCGGCCGCAGCUUACCACCAUUGAAACUGUGCGCGUGCCGGUGCAUUCGUAUUAUACGGUUUUGGCGCCAAGAACGCAAUACACUGUUGUGACACCCACAACACACGAGCUGGUACCGCGUGAGGAGGCGCUCAAACGUGGCCACAGCCUACCGAUUUCGCUAAGUAGUUCCUAUUUAUCACACCGGGUGAGUUCGAAGUAAAUAGGAUUGCAUUGAUUAGUAGACUGGCAAAGAAUUCAGCAAAAAAGGCGCGAUUUCCAAGUUAUGGACUCUCUUAAACUAUAGCUAUUUGAACUUUAUAUUCAUAUCAUAAAUAUCUUUUUACCACUACCUAGUUCCAUUCGAAUGUUUUAUUACAUUUCCACUUAAAUAUCAUA